AUGGAGGCGUCGACGACGGACGGGACGUUCGCGAGCGAGACGGCGAGCGACGGCGCGACGGGGGCGACGCGCAAACGGGAGGUGACGGUGCGCAUCUUGACGCGGGACCGGGAUUACGACCCGUUCGACGCGGACGAGAAGGCGGUGGGGUACGACGUGGAGGACGCGGUGUAUAAACCGUCGGUGAGCACGUGGGGGGUGUUCGAGCGACCGCCGGAUAUAUCGAAGACGUACGGCGGCGGACGAACCGUUAAACGGGAGGAGUUGGAGGACGAGGAGGCGAUCGCGGCGCGAAGGGCGAGAGUGGCGAAGAAAUUGGCGAAAUAUCGCGAGGAUCAGGGGAUGACGCUGACGAACGCGGAGUACGCGGAGGUGCGGGAGGUUUUGGAGCGUUCGGGCGAGGCGAUGAAGCGAGGAUACAUGCAAGACGCGCUCGAUUUGCUCGAGCCGUGGGCGCUCGAUCGCAUCGGGCAAAAGACGGAGAUGGGCGGGAGGAUAAUCUUCAACUACGCCAUCUGUCUGGACAACUUGCAGCGCCGAGAUGAGGCGUUGAAGCAGUAUCGUCGGUGCAUCGGAAACCAGUACGGAAACGUGUCCAAGCAAGCGGAUCGAAUGAUUUGGGGGAUGACGACGGCUUCCAAGAAGAUGAAAUCGGACUUAUUCGAUUACAUGGACGCCGCAAAACUAGACGCGUACGACGAGUACCUGAUCAAGAUGGCGAACGAAAAGUUUGCGGGCGAAAUCGACGAAGAAGAAGUCAAGGCGCUGAACACGCAGGCGAUGCUCACCAUGGUCGGCCUCUUCGGCGCGCCCAUGCUGUUGUUCGCAUACUUGACGACGUCGACGCAUUAA